GCAUUUGAACGUGAGCUGUCUGAAGAUGAUCCAAAGAACAAUAUCAAGCAGGCAAUUGGAUGCUAUAAGCCGGAAGCUGAGGGAACAGGACGAGUGAAAGAGGCUGAGAAGCCUUGCCCCACUGGGUGCCAUUGGAACCAUGGCUGUGGGACUGAGUUUCCAAAGCCAUCUUCUGUCAAGGGCAGAACUGGGUAGCGGAGGAGCCUCUGGUGACUCCUAGAAGCAGGCAGGUAUUAGCGCUCCUACAGUCGGGCGCACUCCUGGGGUGCUCAGGUCAGGCGGGAACAGAGUGCGACCCGGUUCCUUCGAGGGCACCUCGCGCCUCGAGGAGCUGCCAGGGAGAGGGGUAUGGGCAGCCCCAGAGCACCUGGCUGCUGUCGGGGCAGAGGCAUCUCUCAGGUCUGGAACUGGCCAAGGCAGCAAGUCCCCUUUUCACCUCCCGCUGGCCCCGGAGCCCUCAGACCCAGAAUUUGGAACCCAGACUCGGACGUUGCACCGGCUGCCUCGUGGGCAAGAGGAUCUGCUCUCCCUCUUAGGGCAGCGGCUUGGACGCGAUUGGACCCGCCCGCCUGCUUGCUGCUCUGGGACGAAAGCCCCCGGAGCCUGCUUGGCGUGACCACCCGGCUCUGACCCCCUCGCGCCCCCGCGCGUCCAUCUCUGUUCCCAGAGCGAUGUAAGUGAUGUAAGGCGGCCAGGCUCGCGCGCUUUCCUCCUGCCGGGACAGAGUCCUCCCUCCUCGCCGGUGGCAGCGCUGCGCGCCCACUCUGCUCGCUGCGCCAGGCUCUGCUUCCAGAGCUCCCGAGACCUACACGCCAAGAGCCAGGCUGGGAAAGACCCUCCUCCUCUGUCCCACCUCCUAUGUGCGGUGUCGGUGGAAAAGCCAGGCUCGGCUCUCAGAACCUAGGGAGAGGAUCAAGGGACAGCCUAUACGAAGGUUUCUGGAGACAUUCCGGCUCUUCCCAUUUACGGGAGGUGACAGGAGCCUUCAGAGGAGAGAAGGGGUGCUCCCUGGCUACCAAAGCAGCUCCCAACCUGAAUGGAGUGAAAGAUGCGGCCUGAUGACAUAAAUCCGCGGACUGGGCUGGUGGUGGCCCUGGUCAGUGUUUUUCUGGUCUUUGGCUUCAUGUUCACUGUCUCUGGCAUGAAGGGGGAAACUCUGGGGAACAUCCCUCUGUUGGCCAUCGGGCCAGCCAUCUGCCUACCAGGCAUCGCAGCCAUUGCCCUGGCCAGGAAAACCGAGGGAUGCACCAAGUGGCCUGAGAAUGAGCUCCUCUGGGUCCGCAAGUUACCCUGUUUCCGGAAACCCAAGGACAAGGAAGUGGUGGAACUGCUGAGGACCCCGUCAGACCUGGAAUCCGGCAAGGGGAGCUCAGAUGAACUGGCUAAGAAGGCAGGCCUCAGAGGGAAGCUGCUCCCACAGGGGCCAGGUGAGGUGCCUAUGGCCAGCUCCAUUACCACCCCCACCCCCACAGAGGAAGCAGAAUGCCAGAGUCUAGUCCAGAGUGGGCGUCAGGAGGAGACGUCCAGAUAUCUGGAUGGCUACUGCCCCUCGGGCAGUUCCCUCGCCUACAGUGCCUUGGACGUCAAGGGCUCAGCUGACCGCCCAGAGCCCGAGGACAGCAUCUUCUUUGUACCCCAGGACAGUAUCAUCGUCUGCUCCUACAAGCAGAACAGCCCUUAUGACAGAUACUGUUGCUACAUCAAUCAGAGCCAAGGCAGGUGGGACCACGAAACAAUAGUCUGAUCUGAGCAGCCAAGGGUCCCGUGUUGACAGACACGUUGCUACACUCAGCUCCCAAUGGAAGAAAAUCUCUGCUCCAACAGCCUUCGUACACUUAGAAACUGGCAUGGUAUGUGAUGGGGUGCAGACCUCUGGUGCCUAAUACUUGUGUAAAUACGCAUGUAGGGGGCAGAUUUUAGGGACGAGCUGAGGUUUACUUCUCUUUAGGGAAGAGGAAGUAAAUAGGGGGAAAAAGUUCCAUUUGCUUCUGAACAAUUUAAACAAUGUGGAAUGCUUUGUAAAGCAGCCCCCAAAGAGCUAGAAAGCCCCUGGUAACAGUCAGGGCAUCUAGAGCCAGGUAUCAAAGGAUGCAGGGCUGUCCACACAGAAGCUGGCUGCUUGUGCCUGAAGAAAGGGGAGGGAAAGUUUGUGAUCCUUUAUACAAAAUGAGUUUUGCCUGUUGAAAAGCUUUUCAUGUAUGGCAGCUGCUGGGAGAAAUAAAAAUCAAGACAGAAUAGGUAAACCCUCCUCCUUAAAUGGGUUGGAUUUUGGAGGAAGGGGACUUAAAUAUAGCUGGAAUGUAUAAUUGAGUCCUGGAUGCUAACAAGGUCACUUUUCAAAUAAAGUGUUGAUUCUGUUAUGUGAAAAGUUAUUAUUUCAGAUGGCUGUGUUACGUCUUAAGCUCUUCAUUUGUGUCGAUUUGCUGGAACUUUAUCUGAAGUUUUUAAAUAUUUACUAACAUUCAUGUAUUUCCUUACCAGGUGCAAAAUGACUUGAUGUAAUAUUUUCAUAGAUUAGAAUUUCUUUUUAUCAAGACAAAACAAAACUUACACACACACACUAUAUAUGUCUCUCUGUCUUCAACAUUUCGUAGAGGCAUGUACUAGGAAUUACUAUAUGCCUUUUAAAACAUGAAACUGCAAAGGGAAUUAACUAGUCCUGAACAUUCUGAAAACUCUGAAUGAAAUGCAAUGGUCAUAAGCCUCUGGAAAUGCUGUCAUGUGUACGUUUGAUCAACAACCUCCCGCCCCCAACCACGACUGUAAAUGCCAAUGAAACAAGAGUUCAUUUAUAAGAUUGAAUUGAAGCUGAUAUUUCAUUAAGUUCACUGGACCAGUAAAAUUUACAUGAUAAAAAUCUCAGUAUUUCCUAUUUUGUGGCUGAGGGAAGAAACAUUGUAAUAGUAUCCUAAAAUUUACUUCCUGUUUUUCUUGCUUAAUUGCAACCGAUAAGAAUAAUCAGCUGAAAUGUCAUUUUACCCCUCUUGUAAGAAUAAAUGCAUUUAUAGGAACAGUGACAGAUUUAGUCUUGAGAAUUAGGAUUAUUUUAUACUCUUCAAUGAAAUUUAAUUCUAAUUAUUAUGCCAAAUAGUUUUAGUCACCCCCCAAAAGGUGACUUGAGGACAAAAAAAAUGGGGAGCUCAUCUCUUUUAUGUAUUUGAAGUUCAACUCUGUGAUUCUUAGGUCAACCGUCCUUAAGAAUUAUACUCGUAAAAGUCAUAAUUUUUGAAUGAUGUUUGAGAUCAAAAGUAUGUCAUCUUUUUAGUCAGGCCUCAAUGUCUGGAAAUGAGAUGCUUGAUCCUGGACAGAGUUCAUCUUCCAGCUCUUCAGUUUCCUACUCUAUGGAAGAGGAAUGGGGGAAAGAAAGACUGAUUUACUCUAAAUUGUUUGCCGCAUUCAUUCCCAGGUAGCAUAUUCUAAAAUAGUAAAUCAAAGGGGAUUACUGUAUGUUGCAGCAAGUAAACUACAGCAAAAUGCAUGCCCAUGUUAUGCAAUACAUGGUCAAAGCCAUGCAAUGUGGAUUAAAUUGUUACUACUCAAAAGAAUUCUAUAGAUAUAUGAAAGCAGAUGUAUUCCAUUACUAAAUAUUAUCUAUUAGACACCAAUGCAUUCCUGGGCACUGAAACUGAAAAUAUGGAGGGUAAGAUAUUUUUGAAGAAAAAAAAAUGUUUUAAUGUUGAUGCAAGCCGAAGCAAUGCCAUACAGCUUUGCAGCCCAUGGGCCUGACGCAGGACUGUGGUGGUGAGGGGAAGUUUCCAAAGUCUCAAUAGCUGUUUCAAAAGCAGAAAAUACGAUUUAUAUAGAGAAGGUUAUUGGAAAUGCAGUAACAAAGUUUUCCCCCAUGCUUGCCACUGACAUGCUUGCUUGCAUUGUCAGAAGCAAGAGGGUAGAACAAUGCUUGUUUGGGCUCAGCAAGUCCUCCAUGGGUCUGAGGAGAGAGGACUGGAGUGUCCGCUAAGGUCUGAAAUUUGGGGAAGUUGCCUUCUGGAAACAGUUUAGAAUUUUUCACAUCAUGUGUACGUGUGUGCACAGAGUCCCGUUUCCAAGUCAAGGGUCAAAUACUGACUUAGAGAUAUAAGCUAUUUUUAAUCACAUUUUCAAGUUGCAUUUCAGGAAAAAAAAAUUCUUCCAUUUACCUAUUUAAAAUACAGAAGCUAUCUAAGUAUACUUUUGUGUGUGUUUUCCUGUGCUAAAUGAAUUGGUUUCAGAUGUUGAGCUGGGAGAUUUAACCUUCUUCACCCAAAGAAUAAAAUGUGAGUUGUGACUUGUGUGGAUUUUUCUUAGCAUCUUCCACUGAGCCACCCCCUCCUCUGUGCUGUGAGGCGGCCUGUGUCCUAAUCAACACUGUGGUUCUAUUCGAAGUGAACCUGUUGUUCUUUUGAACAGCGAUAUAAGAAAGGGGACAAAGGUGUCCCAAGCCCUUAGAGGAAAAGGGAACAUUCCACUCAUUCAAACCUACAGCCUGAGAAAUUACUAAUGUUAUCAUAAGAAGCAAGAGGGCUGUUCCUUGACUCCUUUAAGAACUCGCAAGCUGCUAGAAAUCAAAAUAGGCACUAGUUCCUCUUCCUUUGCUAUUAAGUUAAAAUACUCAUUUUCCACUUAAUGCAAGGUAGGCAUUCUACUUUUGAAAUGUCUCCAUUCAACUUCUCUUGCUGUGUGUCCCUACUUAAUUAGGACCACAGGUUCUUUCCCCAUCUGCCUAUUUCUCGAUUCCUAAAUGUGAAUUCAGCCAAGACACACAAGCUGGAGCAUUGGACAACUGUUUCAAGAUUUACUCUCUGUUGCGACCAUUCUGGGGGAGGGAUCCAAGUACAGUUAGGUUCGGGCUCUCCUCCAGCUCAGCUUAUCAACUGCUCCGAAGUGUUCUCAGUACUGUGGAUCCUGACAUCUACUGAGCAGACACACACAGAGGAGGAGGGAGGGUUAACGACGCUUCUCUCCACAGGUUCGGAUGUCUGCUUACUAGGGGCGGCCCUCUGUGCCCACGGCACUGACUGCUGAAUUCACUAUCUUUGCCACCAUUGUGAUUUUUAUCA